UUUUUCUGGAAAACAUGUUGAAUUGAUGAAGCAUUUUAUGCUGACAGAUGAGUAUGAUGGAAUACCUAUCUUCUAUUGCUUUUAAAUUGUUGCUCUAAGUUGAAUUUGUUGCUGAAUGUCACUUAGCUAAAUCUUUUAUUGCUGUAGUUCUUUUAUUUCUUUUAUCCCUGCAUUCCUCUCUUCUAUCUUUUUCAGUUUUUCCUUUUCCCUUGCCCCUGUCAAUUUUGUUGUUGUAAAUCAUCACUGAACCAUCUUUUGUUGCUGUAUUGAGUCAAAUUUAUUGUUGUAUUGAGUUGAAUUUGUUGCUGUAUUGAGCUAAAUUUAUUGUUGCUGUUGAGUUAAUUUGUUGUUGUAAAUAUCUUUUGAGCUAUACUUCUUGAAUUUGUUACUGAGCUAAAAUUUUUUUUGGUUGAAAAUUAUGAGUGAGUUGAAUUUGUUGCUGAAAAUCUGUCACCGAGAUGAAUUUAUUGCUGUAAGAAUAGAUAGUUUCUGUGUAAUGUGUAGAGACUCAGUCUUAGUCUUAGCCUUCAAUUAUUGUAAUAAGAGUUGAUUUAAUAUUUGAGUAUUGACAAUUACACAGGCAAUAUUGGACUAUUGGUAUAACGGUAUUUUGAUGGAUUGAUUUAUAAAUUGAAUUUAUGUUUUUGAUUAGUUUGUUAGUCAUUAAUUUACUGACUGUAAUAUGUUUUGCUCUCUUGUUCAUUUAAAUUGAAAAAGUAUUUUAACUUUUGAUUUUAUUUUUUUUAUAAUUUUAUAUUAAUUAUAAUCGGAUUAAUCGGUCGAAUCAGUGAUUUAUCGGUUGAACCGGUGACCUGCUCAUAUGAUUGGGUCAAUUACGGCCAGGUCCAUUACAGGUUCAAUUCUAAUAACUAUGCAAAAAACCCUAGCAGACUCAUAACCCGUAAGUAUAACAGAAUUCAUAUCAACCUCCAGCCCUCCACCCCCUAACACUCACGGGCUCUCUGCCUCUGGCUCUCUCCGUCACACACAUUGACCUACAACAUCCGGCGCCGGCGCUGUCGCGCCUCGCUGUCGCACCUGUCCCCUCCGUGGAUCCGUCGCAGGCUCGCACCCUCUCCGUUGCUGCUGCCCCUGGGUCCUGUGUAUCUAUAUAUGUAUCUUCCAUUCUUCCUGGUUCACAUGCCAACAAUGCUAGGGCGGCUUCAUAAACUAGUUCCCCCUGCAUCUUCCAAACAAUAUCUGGCACCAUGCUUUAAGACUUUGCGCCAUUAUAGCUUUGUUGAUGAUGGCGGUGGAAGAAGCAAACAGCAUGUACAAGAAUCUCAUGAUGAGGAUUUUUCUCUUAAACAGUCAGAUUUUAAUGGCAGUGGUAUCAAUGGAAGCCAGGAAGGAUAUGGCAAUCAACAGUUUCCGCCAGAACCAAUUCCAGAUAGACCUUUGAGAGGUGGUAGGCCAACUAAUCAGCCUCCUCGUCCGCGUGUGAGGGAACGUAGUGGAGAUUCCCAUUCCUUCCCUCCAAAAUUUGAGGAUGAUCAUGGAAGACCUGAUCUUGCAUUCCAUGGCAGAAAUAUGGCUGAAACAGGUUGGGCUGCUGGUCAAUCAGGAGAGAGUUUCCUUGAUAAAUUCAAGCUUGGGUUUGAUAAUAAAACAGCAAACACAUCCGAGUCUGCUUCGGGCAACCAAUCCGAAGAAGCGAAGAGGUCAAAUCCCAAUCAACCAGCUUCAGAAUCUAUGCCCCAAGAUGCCAAUGAGAUCUUCAAGAAGAUGAAGGAAACCGGUCUUAUCCCCAAUGCUGUGGCCAUGCUUGAUGGUCUAUGCAAAGAUGGCUUUGUUCAAGAAGCCUUGAAGCUUUUUGGUCUGAUGCGGGAGAAGGGUACCAUUCCGGAGAUUGUCAUAUAUACAGCUGUAGUGGAAGGCUUUACGAAGGCCCACAAGGCAGACGAUGCCAUAAGGAUCUUUCGGAAAAUGCAAAGCAAUGGCAUUUCACCAAACGUUUUCAGUUACACUGUCCUUGUACAAGGACUAAGCAAAUGUGGCAGAUUACAGGAUGCUUUUGAAUUCUGUGUGGAGAUGUUGGAAGCAGGUCAUUAUCCGAACACAACUACUUUUGUAGGCUUAGUAGACAGUUUCUGCAAGGAAAAAGGUGUUGAAGAAGCAAAGGAUGCUAUCAAGACAUUAACAGAUAAGGGCUUUAAUCUUGAUAAGAAGGCUGUGAGGGAGUUUUUGGACAAGAAAGCACCAUUUUCACCUUCAGUUUGGGAGGCAAUUUUGGGGAAGACAAUUCCACAGAGACCAUUUUAAAUCUCUUUCCAGGCCGUGUAAGCUUUUGCCAAACUCAUUCAUAUCCUUGGAUAAUUUAUGUAGGUGGAUCUAUUUAUUUUUGCGUAAAAGUUCCGACUUGUUAAUUGUUUGCUUCUUGAUAGUAAGCACAUGUUUUUGCUUUGGAUGUGCUCAAUGUAGACUUCAAGUUUAAGGAAACUCUAAUAAGAAUAUAAGAUGCAAAUUGCAGAA